AUUCGCACUCCCAAAUCCUUUAGAAUGCCACCUUUUUCAAAUUAUGAGCCAAAAUUUAAUGUACCUUCAAGACUUGCCUCUUGUCUCUUGCCUCUUGCCAAGUCUCUUGCCAAGAUUUCACUAAUAUCCAUUGGAUUUUUAAUCAUAUUUACACCACUUACCAAUGCCAUUUUCAGAAUAAGACGUGAUAGCAACGAAGCUGGUCCAUAUUCCACCAAAGUUCCGUCUAUGGAUCAUGAAACUGCUAUCAAGAAAAUUGUGGCUGUGACGGCUCCUAACAAUGAACCCGAUCGAAACCAUGCUGGUAUAACAUCGACAUCCUUUACGUAUCAAAACAAGCCAAUCAAAUUGAGUCCUCCAAGCUCAGGAGAUAACUACGUAAAAUUUACGUAUAACGUUAUCAGCAAUACCUACUCACAGACACAUGAAGAUGGUUCGAAAAUUGAUUCAUUUUACGUUUUUAAUAUUGAACGAGUUGAGGACAGGAGUUUGAAUCAAGUAUAUUUACGCAAAAGAAACACACUUUUUAUGGGAUCGAUUACUUGGCAGUUCAUCUGGGAGCUCGUUGGAAAAUCAAUCGAGAAAAUAGUCAUUAAAAUUGCCGGAAUAGAAGAAUAUCUCAAAUAUGUGGAUGGAGGAAAUGCCAAUGCGUGUCUGACAUUUUUAGCUGCCAGAACACAGAAUUGCAGUAUAGUUCCAACGAAUAAAAGUUUGACCAUCGAAAGACCGGAAUAUGAUUCAUUGUCUCUUCAGCUGGAUAUGUUCCGCGAUAUAAAACUUCUGAAAACCAAUCUGAACGGUACAAGAAAUGUGGAGAGCUUUUCAGUUGAGAUGCACUGGCGUGAGUCAAGUCUUCAAUCAUCUCACUAGUAGAGAGGAAUUAAUGAAAACAUUUGAAUUAUCGCAAAAGGAAACGUCAUUUCAUAAACAAUUUGGCCCCA